UAUGUGUCCUUACUGACGCUUCGCUUGCCAGUUCAUCUACUCGCUUAUUAUUCCCUAUACACCUACCCUAGGUCCGUCCUCCCUCCCUCCUCCCCGUCCUCCCUUCCUCACCGUCCUCCCUCCCCCCUCACCUAUGCCCACGCUGACUGUUUUUCCCAGUCUUUACUCUUGAAUGCAAACUCCCCAUUGUGUUUUUUGGUGAGGCGAUUACUGAUCGUCUUUUGUCCUACUACGUUGCUGACCCGGCCCAUUAGCUACUUUACUGACCCUCCCCUCCCUCGCCGACUCGCCCCUCCCGGGUCCCCCACCUCGGUCUGUCUGUCACUAAUCUCCUCCCACUCGGUCAGUCACUAUCUCGCUCCCUCGCCCGGCUACGAAGGGAUUACUGAUGUUGUAUUGCAGGGCUAUCUACGUGACUACGUGCGAGGGGGACUACGCGACUACGAACGAGGGGCCUACUGGACCACCUCCGCGACCCCACGACAACUACCCUCGCCGACUCCGCCCCCGCCCUCGCCGACUCCGGACCCCACCCCACCCCUCGCGCGGACCCCGCACACCCCUUGCGAGGACCCCACCCUUCGUGCGGACUUCAAGCCCCACCCUCGCACGGACCCCACCCUCGCACGGACCCCACCCCACCCACCCUUCGCCACCCUCCCCGCCCCACCCUACCCGCCGUCGACUCCGACUGUAACCGCACCGAAGGUAAGCCCCCUCCCCUCUACGACCCCCUUCGACUAGACGACUGACCCCCGCCGCGCUUAGUAAGCUCGGCCGCGCGCGUCGUCAUGCUAGAAGGGGAGGGGAGGGGAGAGGGUAGGUGGGAAGGGGGGUGGAGCGAUGCGAGAUGGAAAGGGUAGGUGGGAAGGGGGGGGGAGAUGAGGGG